AUGGCACUCAAGUUCGUCGUCCUGUCCGCCCUCGUGGCCGCCGCCAGCGCCGGCUACCUGGGAGCCCCCGCCGUGGUGGCCCCUGGCGCCCCUGUGGGCUACGCCGCCCGCCCCCUGGGCUACGCCGCCCCCGCAUACGCCGCCCGCCCCCUGGCCUACGCCGCCGCCCCCGCCGCCAUCGACACCGACUACGACCCCAACCCGUCCUACAACUACGCCUACGACAUCCAGGACGCUCUGACCGGCGACUCCAAGAACCAGCAGGAGAGCCGUCAAGGAGACGUGGUCCAGGGCAGCUACAGCCUCACCGAGCCUGACGGCACCCGCCGCACCGUCGAGUACACCGCCGACCCCGUCAACGGCUUCAACGCCGUCGUGCACAAGGAGCCCCUGGGUGUCGCCAAGGUCGCCGCCCCCCUGGGCUACGCCGCCCCCGCCGUCGCCAAGGUCGCCGCCCCUCUGGGCUACGCCGCGCCCCUGGGCUACGCCGCCGCCCCCGCUCUGGGCUACGGCAAGGCUCUCCUGGGUUAA